AUCACUUCCGCGUCUGCCGCCAUCUUGCAGUUCACAGGGAUUUCGCCGUGGUUUUGAAUCGAGAUUUUAGGAAUUCGCACGGAUUGUGGCUCAUGCAAGAGGAAGGAGCUGACUUCAUAUUUUAAAAAGCGAUCGGACUUUAGUUAUUUAUGCUGAUUUAUUGCCGUUAUAAGUGUGUUAUAUGCCUUUUGCUCUGGCAGAGCGAGCUUCAAUACUUUGCAAAAGUUUCGACAGGCCUAGCAAAACAGGAUUGCUAGCGGGUGUGACCCCGUGUGCGCUCUAGCGAAGAAAGUGAGAUACGUUGCUUGCGAUAACCGUCGAGUUUGUGAAUACCUUUUGGAUACAUACUUUGUUCUAACUUUGAAUUAUCUUUCUGUAAAACUAUGCCAGUUCGUAAACAAGAAGCCCACAGGGCUUUGGAAUUACUCGAGGACUACCACUCAAAAUUGAGUAAGCCAAGCGACAGACCUUUAAGGAAUGCUAUUGAAAGGGUAAUCCGCAUCUUCAAAAGUCAUCUGUUUCAAGCGUUACUUGAUAUUCAGGAUGCAACUGUUAUUACAGCCAAUGACUCAAAUAUUCAAGAAUUUUAUCAAGCAACGUUGAUGGAUGUUGAGAAGUCCCUGCUCCAGAAAAUACAAGAAACAAAUCAAGUUGCAGACCAUUAUGAACAUCAACAGUCACUCUCAACGCCAACAAUCACGAAAAACAAUGUACGUUACUUUUAUGAUUAUUUUUAGACGAAUUGUUUCAUUGUUCACAUAAAUACACCCAAGGCCAAUGUUUGAAUCCUAAAUUGUAAAUUUAUUUUUGGUAUCUCACUCAAUUAAGGAGUACAAGUACGGACAAUGUACUCGAACGAAAGCACUUUAUUACUACGAAGAGAGGCGAUACAGAAGCAACAAGAACCGCCUGUAAUUUUAAAAUUAAAUGUAGUCGUAGUUUGAACUAAAAUUUUAACUAGUUACAAAUUAACUGUGACCCAUAUCAUACAACUUUUUCAAAGUUAUAGCUACAACUAAAUCAGGCCAUAUGAAAACAUAGCAUUCACUCUUCCUGGCUAUGAAAAAUAAGAAUGCUGAUAAGAAGAAUUUCCUGUCUGCUGCCCUCUAUAUGAAACAUUAUGCUCCAAUGAACAGAUUCAGAUGAAACCUGACAGACCUUAUUGGAACACAUUAAUUUUGCUGGCUUAAAUGAGAUAAAUUCAUAAUUGAGAAUGUAAACAAUGGUACUGGAUCUGAUGGACUGCAAUUAACCUGUUUAUGAGCCAAUUCCCAAAUGUAUUCCAUGUUAUUCUUAUUCUUUUUUUGAUUGAUAUGCCCAGUUUCAGAUGUUGAUGACCCUAGUCCUCCAAAGCUAAAUUGUAUUUAAACUGGGUAUUUUUUAUUGGUUUAUGCUUUUGUCAUUUACAGAUUUGCUUUGAAAAAAAAUGUGAUUUGUGAUUCUUUUUCUUUUUAAGAUACUUUUUAAAAUUCAAGAAAUUCCAGAUUUCAUUAGCUGCUUUUUCUAAACCUUUAUUUUAAUGCUUAGCUUUUAUAAGCAUACAUAAUUACUGAUAAUAUCUCCACUUUCUCAAUUGUAUUUUAGUAUAUUAUUUGUUUACAAAAUAUUUUAAUCAAUAAUUUGUUAUUAAUAUUAUUGUCAGAGGAAAAUUAUUGUAGUUUCCAUACUUUAGUUGUAUACCCAGUUUUGAGGUCCAGGGAUCGCGACUCUAGUGAGGAACUCUGGAUCCCACGUUUGGGCAAGAAGCCAUCCAUAUUACAUUUGGGGUCACUGUUUUUAAUAAGCAUUUUGACAGUCUGAAAAUGCCUUCUGGGUGUCAAUAAAUGCUGUUCUUUAAAUUUGCUUACCUCAGUCCCAAACCUGGUAGGGCUAAGGUGGGUAUGUAUUUCCUGUAAUAGGAUACCUUAAACCCCUCAGGGGAUACUGACGCUGAACCUCCACUGUUCAUAGUAUUUUAUAAAUUCUUUUGACAUAUGUCACCAUUCUGCAGAAACUUGUUUACAUACCAUUUCAUGAAUAUUUAUAAGUAUAAAUUAGGAAUAUUUAUAAGUAUUGAACUGGGUGUCUGAUUUGAUGGUAUACUCUUGAUAUAUAGCUUGAAGGAUGUUUUGAUGGACAGGUUAAGCCUGAUUGACACCAUCCAGUCGCUUCUAAUCAGCGCAAAGUAAAUUUGCUUUUGCUGCCAACCCUUUUUUUAAGAUUCUCAAUAGGUAAAGUGCUUGCAAAUACUGGACAAAAUAUAGACAUUAGUAUUUCCAAAGAUCUGAUAAACACAAAAUAGUACUCCCCGCUAUUCUAUGUGUAACAAAAUGCGCUAUUUUAGUUAACGAUAUAUCUGAUGUCAAAACUGAAAAGUAUUCACUUUUGUAGGGGGAUGCUGUACACUGUAUUGUAAUUACCGAAUUUGCACACAGAAAUCGCAGAGAACGCUGUCUUGUAAUUAUAAGAUAUUUAGUAAUACUAAUACUUUACUUUUUUAAAGAAGUUCUUGAAAUAUUUUUUUCCUUUUAAAUUCUUUAAAAUUAUAUUUUAUAUAAUAAUCUGUUACCCUUAGUUUAUGGAGGAAUACUUUUAUAUGUAUUACUCCAGAAACAUUUUAUAUUUAUUUUAUUUUAGUGCAAUUUUUUUAGUUGUAUUUGAAAACAUGUAACCAUUGCUUUGUACGCCAAUAGAGGGAGCUCUUGAAUUUGUUGCAAUACAAUUUUUUUUUCUUUUAAAGUAAUUUCUUUGAUUACAAUUUAAUUAGCAAUUUGUUAUAAGGUCUUAUAUGAAAUUAACAUCCAAAUAAAUAAAUGUCUCCUUAUUUAAUGAAUACCAUUUAGUCACUGAUAGAGGGCGCUUUUAUAUAUUUUUUAUUUCAGUGUUCUUUUAAAUUGCAAUUUGCAAUUAUCAAAACGUAUCUCUUUUAUACAAAUCCGUAUUUAGUUACAUAAUUCCGAGUUAUGUUGUUUUAAAAAUUGAAUAGCAAAUUAUCGUAUGGCAGAGAAUCUCUGUAGCGUCUAAUUAUCCAUUAUACGAGGAGCAUUACCAGAACGAGUGUACUCUAAUCAUAAACAAGAUUCAUAUAAUAAAACUUGAUGAUUCAUUUAUUACCAUGGGUACUCGUGAUUGUGAUGACUCAUCUUUUUUUAUUUUGGAUUUUUUAAGGUAAUUUAAUCCUGACACUAGACAGUUAUUUUGUUUAAAAUAAAUUUUGAUGGUUUAUUGUGCAAAAAAAAAAGGGUAGGAAGAGGGGUGGGGAGAUAAUGAGAAUGAUACAAAUUUAUGUAUUUAUGCAAAAAUGUUUUUGAUUGUUAAUUUUGCAUAAAAAAUGUGAAGAUGAUAGUAUGAGUAUAAGGUGCUAGGAAUGGAUUGUACCACUUUUUUGAGAGGAAUGUAUUGUUUCCUAUUAAAAGGAUGACACUUUAAUACCUCAUCUGGUUUUUGAGAGGUAUGAUGUCCUACAGAAUAAAUAGGUAGUGGGUUCAGUUUUUUUCGAUUCUCUUCAUUGUCUUUUCACUCCAAUUUUGGUCACAGUGAUAGGACAAAAUAAUUAUUCUAUAUUAUAUCAUAGUAAAAGUAUAUUGCGUAAAUAAUUACUUUUAAAUUUAUUUUUUACUUGGUAUGUUUAUUCCUGAAUUAUUUAUAUUGUAUCUAUUAAUAAAUAGUUUUGAUGAUAUAGAGCAAUUUUCUGUUUACAUUCUUGUUCCAGGCAAGAUUGUACUUGAACCUUGCUAGAGAGCCAAUAAUGACUACUUAUUUAUUGACUGUGUUAUUGAAAUCUAGUGGAAUAAAUGUUUUUCAAGAAACAUUGAAUGAGCUCAUUAA